GUGGUGCUGAUUCACUUCGCAGUCAUUUCCAGUGUGUGUGUGUGUGAGAGAGAGAGCUUUAGGGAAAUUAUUGCAUGGGCUUGAAGUUUGUUUGAUACUUAUUCUAAAGUUUCUGCACAGUGUCGGUUCAUUUUUACUGAGGGACUCGUUUGUUUUUGUUUUCUCCAGUAACAUCACCUACAUUAAAGUUCUCCACUUGGUUUAGCAAGCAGCCUUCACUAUGUCUGAUGGGGACUACGAUUACCUCAUCAAGUUCCUAGCCCUGGGGGAUUCUGGGGUGGGAAAAACCAGCUUCCUGUACCAGUACACAGAUGGCAAGUUCAACUCUAAAUUCAUCACCACAGUGGGCAUAGACUUCAGAGAAAAGCGUCUGGUCUACAAGUCCAAUGCGCCAGAUGGUGCGACAGGGCGGGGCCAAAGGAUACACCUUCAGCUGUGGGACACUGCUGGCCAAGAAAGGUUCAGGAGUCUGACGACGGCCUUCUUCAGGGAUGCGAUGGGUUUCCUCCUGCUGUUUGAUCUGACGAAUGAGCAGAGCUUCCUCAACGUCAGGAACUGGAUGAGUCAGCUGCAGAUGCACGCGUACUGCGAGAACCCGGACAUCGUGCUGUGUGGGAACAAGUGUGAUCUGGAGGACCAGCGAUUCGUUAAGGAGGAGGAGGCUCGGGAGCUCGCCUCUAAAUACGGGAUCCCGUACUUCGAGACGAGUGCGGCGAACGGCGAGAACGUGGCCCAGGCCGUGGAGGUCCUGCUGGAUCUGAUCAUGAAGCGCAUGGAGAAGUGUGUGGACCGAUCAUGGAUCCCUGAUGGCACCAUGCGCUCUAACGGGUACAGCGGCAGCGAUAUGGUCGAACCGCCAGCGCAGGAGAAGAGCAAGUGCGCCUGCUAGUGGCCAAACGGUGUCACUGUGCCAUCUUAUUAUUGUAACAGCCACUUAGAAUUUGUGUAAAUGAGCAAGAGUGGCCACUAGUGGCCAAACAGCAGCAUUACAUAUAACAUCUUGCGGUGUUCUUGAACACCCGGCUGGAUUUCUUCUUUGAUUUAUACAGUAAUCAGGCCUGAGGUUUUCAAAAAAAAAAAAAAGAAUUACAGUAGUAGAUUUGCACCAAUAGGAAUAACUUUUACAUCAGUCAUGAUCUUAUCCUUUGAAGUUGGCCAACGGAUGUAAGGUUCACAUGCUCGGACGCGGAUCUGAAGCCAGUAGCACUCGAUAAAAUCUCCCAAGUAUUUCAGAUUAUUCAUAACCGCUGGUCUCUCGGGUGAAGCCAGUCACUUUCCUCAACCUGCAUUUGAUAAUGACUUCUGGAAAGUGCCAAGUAUUUGGAAUUGGUGUGUGUGUGUGUGCAUUUUCUCACUAGAUCUGAUGCUGUGGAUUGGACUGGGAGGGGUUACACGGAGAAAAUCUGCAUGGGUUUUAUUUGCAUCAUUUUUUUUUUUUUUAAUAUCAGGGUGAUGGGAGGGAAAAAAAGUAUAAAUAUUUUGAAAUUAAGAAAGAAAUUUCACAAAUGAUAUAUUACAAUUCCGAUAGGCCGUGUUUCCAGACACAAGUUAUACCAUGGCGCUAUAUUAUCACGCCGGCGCUAGCAGUGAUCCUGCCUUUAAACAUUUUUUUAAAGGAAUAAUUUAGAGACGUAUACACUAUUGUCACACAUAUUCAUGAUAUUUAGUAAUGGAAGUCUAUCUCGAAAAAAAAUCUUUGAUGUAACUAUUAACCUGAAACCACACCCACUUCUUUGAUGUAGGACACGGUAGGAUUUGAGGUGUACUUAAUACAGAAACGACUUAACUGUCUUCACACGGUUUCGGAUUGGUUGACACGUACGAGUUCUCCAGUCCAGCAGGUGGCGCUGUUGCAGUCUCAUAAUUUCCAUGACUACAUUACAUUCCGUUAAGACGAUUGGCGCUACUCAUCAUAAAUCAUCUCGGAAUGAAUUGGCUUGGGGACGCUUCGUUUGUAACGGCCUCGUAGCGUGUUCAUCCGCGGGGUUCGCCUCCGAACGAUGUCAUUUAGUCAUUACGUAAUGACGUCAAGCAACGUGAGAUCAAAUUUUCCUGAAGUGUUUAGUGUCCUCUAUGGAUGUUGACUCUAGGAUGUGACGUAGGCGGCCAUUUUGGAUUCUCAGCUCGGUUUGGGAUUGCGGCACCUCUUUAGGCUCCACCCCUCAGUGUUUUGAAGGUGUAGCUGUUGUUGAGCUGCAUGUGAAUAUCGUACGAAGUAAGAGCACGUUGUUAGGGAAAGAUUUUGAGUGAAAUAGACUUCCAUUAUUAUCCAACGCGCCAUUUGAUUUUCCUUUAAAGCUAACUCUUGGCUCUGGUUCAGUCGUUGGCUGGAAAUCGCUUAAAGUCAGGUUUUAGAUUUGCGAUGAUCAGCGAGCCGCCUUUGUUCAUGCUUUAUUCAUUUUAGUGCAUUUCAGUUCUUCGACAUCGAUGUAAUACUGUAUAACGUGUACAAUUUAGUUAUCGGCGUCUCAACGCGAAUGAUGUCGUACGAUGUUUUCUACAUUCACAAUAAUCAGCAGGAAUUUCCUGCAGCGCUUUAGUUAACCUGCUGUGACACUUUUUCGUUUUCAUGACCGUUUGAAUCGUAUUCUUGUAGUCCAGGGCACAUGACAUGAUUUGAGGUGAGAUGAUUGAUUGAUUGAUUGAUUGAUUAAUUUGUAAGCAAUAUCACGAUCAUGCAAUGAUGCAUGUUUCUUUGGCACGUGUUGUUCCUUGUGUGGGUUUUUUUUUUUUUGUCUUUUUGUGAUCCAACACCCAACCCAUCAUAGCGCUAAUCGCAGGUUAAAUCAGGAGCUCGGACCAGAGACAAAACACACACGAGGAAUGUUGACUUGCUAUACAUUUCACUUUGAAUGAACGUUCAUGAUGUUUUAUAACUCGGGCGUGCCGAUAUGACCUAGCGUGUGUCGUUAGCUUUUAGGUCUUACAUCUGUAUAAAUGAAUGUGUGUGUGUUUGUGUGUGAACAUUAAUGCAUUACAGCUCAUUAACACCGACUCUAUGGUGCACUAAGAUUCACGCGAUUCACACCUAAAGUGCCUAACCUAAUGUAUAGUCUUUAACACUGCAUCCAUGCCAAACACUGUCUCUAUGCCAAACCUUUUUCAGAAAAUAAAUAUAUUUUAUUAUUUAUUAAAAUGGCUUCACAAAG